AUGUCCAUGCCCACGAGCCGCUCGCUGCGUACGCGACCCGCGACGCUGUACGCGCGCGAUGGUCUGAGUCCGAAUCUUCCACAGACGCCUGCAUGGCGCAAAGCGUCUCGCGAGUCAGAGAAAGAAGAUAAGGUGCGCAACCGGCUGUCGACGCGGUAUGCGUCGGGUGCCGUAGCGCCUGGCCUUUCCUACAUGUCGGGUCUGAAUACGCUCGCACCUAUUGUAGGCUCGGAAGAAGAGAAGGAUCAGGCCGUCCCACCGCUUCCGCCAGCGAUAGAUACCCAGGUGGCUGGUAGCAGCCAAACUGCUACCGCCACUACCCCCGCUGGCACCAGUGGCGUCGCGCUUGCCGCUGACGUUUUUUCUGACGAAAACUUUGAUGCACGCACAUUUGCAUCUGAGCAGAUGCAGCAGCUCAAUGAGCCUGGUCUACAGAAUUUGCGCACAUCCCUGGGCACCCUUCAAAGCAUGACGCAAAAACAGCUCAAGGAGCAGGUAUUCAAAAAUUACGCCGAGUUUAUCACCAUCAGUCGUGAAAUUGCCACCUUUGAGAAUGACAUGCUCGAGUUCAAGGAAAUUCUCGGCGAGUGGAAGCAGCUGCCACAGCAGCUGCAGAUGGAAGAUCCACUCAGCGAAACAGCGCUGGAUGGCAGUGCUGGCUCGGGUAUCGCUGGUGGUGUGCCGCGUCGAUCGCGGAACAGUAUGAUCGAUCUUGAGCAGAUCUACAAAGCGCAGCUUACCUCUUUGUGGGAAAAUAUUGAGGGAUCACAAAAAUUUGUGCCGCUCGUACCGGGCCGUCAUCUCGUGGCCGAAACGAGUCAGUUUGUGGAAAUCAAUGCUGCGACUUACAAACCCAAGCAGGCCGUGGCUCUCUUCCUGCUCGACGAUCUACUCUUGAUUGCUGUACAGCGAAAACGGCAUUAUGGCAAUCGCAUACAUCUCGUGGCCGAAUGCUGCUUUAAUCUGAGCGAAAUCGUGGUCGUCGAUUUAAAAGAUACCAAGGACGUGCGUAAUGCCAUCAAAAUCAAGCACGGGCGAGAGUCCUUUGUGUACCGCUCCGAGCGAGCUCAGGACAAGCGUGCAUUGCUACGCGCAUUCCGCGGCGUCGGCGAAGAACUGGCUGCGAAACUCAAGAAACAACGCAAAGCCCGUACACAGUCUAAGCACAUGGGCUCUGACAAUAUGCUGUACGGAAGCGAGUCUAUGGAUCCAGCGAGUCAGGAUCUCGGCUUGUCGGACCAGGCACCAGCGGCCCCCACGUCCACGAACGAUGUAGAAUGGCUCGGUCCUUGGCUGAACGGUGUCAUCGAUGAACUUGCCGUACACAUUGCGCUACGUGAAUGGGAAGAAGCCGUGGCUCUCGUUGAAGAAGGCAAGAAGCGACUCGCGAGCCGCCCCAUUUCCGAAGGUCCGCUUUACCUUCUCGUGGAAAGCUUCAACUCAUGUGCUAGCGAGCUUGUGCAGGCCAUCAGUGCCGAACUUGUAUCGCCGUACCAGCGCAAAUCUAUGGUCGUGCGCGAUGCAGCUCUUCUCGUUCGUCUCGACAAGGGCCGAGAGGCUCGUGACUUGCUUCUCGAGGCACGCACGGACUUGCUGCAACGGCGCAUGCGUCAAAUCAAAUAUGAGGGUGACGUGAGCCUGUAUAUCUCUGAACUCGCUAUGUUGUACUUUACACUCAUUAAAAACACGGGCGAUUGGUAUAUGGCCGCCUUCAAGGAUUAUCGCAUGGCUUCCGGCUUUGUGCAGUGGGCCUCGGAUCAAGUCAAAGCGUACGCAGAAACAUUCCGCCGGCAAGUCUACGGCGUAGACCAAGAUCCACGCGUCGUCGAUGAGGCCCUCGACAUCACGCGUCGGUGUGCCCAGCUCCUCAAUGAGGUGGGCCUAGGCCUCGGUUUCUUGCUCGAUGAUCUGCUAAAGCCCGGCGUAGAGGGAACACCACUCGGUACGUGGCAGGACCCAGCCCUAUCCGCACGCGACCCUCGCCAGUAUCAGUGGCACAGUACCGUGCCAGCCUAA